CUUCCCUCUCGCUGUGUCUACUCCAGUACUGAUAGGGUUACUCAAGACAAGAAGCUGCCCCCCUCUCUCUCACUCUCCCCUCUCGCUGUGUCUACUCCAGUACUGAUAAGGUUACUCAGACAAGAAGCUGCCCCCCUCUCUCCUGUGUCGAUUCCAGUACUGAUAGGGUUACUCAGACAAGAAACUGCCCUCCUCCCUCUCUCUGCUACUGCUCUCGACUGAAGAGUGUUUGCUGUAAAAUGGCGGACGGAGAGCUGAAUGUGGACAGUCUGAUAGCUCGGCUCCUGGAGGUACGAGGAUGCCGCCCUGGAAAAAUUGUACAGAUGACUGAGGCUGAAGUUCGAGGUCUAUGUAUAAAAUCAAGAGAGAUAUUUCUCAGCCAACCUAUCCUUUUGGAAUUGGAGGCACCCUUAAAGAUCUGUGGUGACAUUCAUGGACAGUACACAGACCUCCUGCGAUUGUUUGAAUAUGGAGGAUUUCCACCUGAGGCAAAUUACUUGUUUUUGGGUGAUUAUGUAGAUCGAGGCAAGCAAUCUCUGGAAACCAUUUGCCUGCUACUAGCUUACAAGAUCAAAUAUCCAGAAAACUUCUUCCUUUUGCGUGGAAAUCAUGAGUGCGCCAGUAUCAAUCGUAUCUAUGGCUUCUACGAUGAGUGCAAAAGACGUUUUAAUAUCAAGCUUUGGAAAACAUUCACAGACUGCUUCAACUGUCUGCCCAUCGCAGCCAUUGUGGAUGAGAAGAUCUUCUGUUGUCAUGGAGGACUGUCACCAGAUUUGCAAUCAAUGGAACAGAUUCGCAGAAUCAUGAGACCAACAGAUGUUCCUGACACAGGUUUGCUUUGUGACUUACUGUGGUCAGAUCCUGACAAGGAUGUUCAAGGAUGGGGUGAGAAUGAUCGUGGUGUAUCUUUCACCUUUGGAGCUGAUGUAGUGAGCAAAUUUCUCAACCGGCAUGAUCUAGAUCUAAUAUGUCGUGCUCAUCAGGUGGUUGAAGAUGGUUAUGAAUUCUUUGCAAAACGCCAACUGGUUACAUUGUUUUCUGCUCCUAACUACUGUGGCGAGUUCGAUAAUGCUGGAGGAAUGAUGAGUGUCGAUGAAACGUUAAUGUGCUCUUUUCAGAUUCUAAAGCCUUCUGAAAAGAAAGCAAAAUACCAGUAUGGAGGUUUGAACUCUGGCCGCCCUGUUACGCCCCCUCGCACGGCAAAUCCGCCCAAGAAGAGGUGAAUAGCAAAGACAGCCCCAAGCACCUAAUCAUUUGUACACAGAGAUAGUUACAAGUAUACCAGUUCAUAUUCUAAAGUAUGUAACCUGUAAGCACCGUUCAACCAUCUGCUGCUGUCUUUGUGAGCCUCAAUGCUUGUAAAAAGAAAUGAAAUAACUAAGUCUUUUUGAAAAAAGGUUUUCCAGUAAAUACGCAGGUGUGGCAUAUUGUAAUGUAAAUCAAUGUAGUACAGUAAACAGUGCAUUUUACUUUGUUUGGGCUGGGAUGAAGAUCAGCAGAUCUACCUAAGGCUGGGUAAAGGCUAUCCUUUCAACAUUCAAGCUUUAUCUGGCAAUCCCUUUGAGUCUUGCAAUUAAUUUACUGAUUUGGUUAUUUAUUUGUGAAAUAUGUACCUGCAGAUACAGAUGUGGUAUAGGCACCACAAAGGCCUGUUGCAAAAACUAUAAAAGCAGUCUAGUAAUUAAAGGCUCCAUUAAGUUCUACAGAAGUCACACUUAACUGGUGCAUGGGAUGUCACAUGACAGAGCUGCAACAGUACCAGGCUGGUUUUCAUUUCAGUUAUCCUGAUUUUUCUUUAUAGUUGCACUAAAGGCUAGCUUUUAUAGUCUUUAAUUGCCUCGUGAUGAUUCUCCACUCUAGCUUCUGACUAGUUUAUACAGUAUUUAAUUUAUGAAGUUUGAAGGAGAAGAUUUGAAUUAUCAAGCUUAAAGUAAAUCUAAUGCAACCUAGCAGCAAAUCUAAUGAAUUAAGCUUUUUGAAACAGUUAAAAGCCAGAGGAAGGUUCAAGGGAAUGAGAUUUGUUUUUCCUGAGCUCUAGAAUUAAAUAUUUUAAUGUUUUGUGAAGGUUUGCACACAACCAAUGGCUCCCAUGAUUUUCUGAUUUUGCGUACGCAUGCAGAACCCAGUUAGUAUCUGAGCUGUUAGACUUGGUGUAUCAUUAGUAAUGACCUUGUAGGAAGUUGAGCAAAGAAGUUCACAUCUCAAAUCUUUUUUAGUUCUAAAGGUCCAUCCCAGUCCUGAGAAUUUGCACCAUUGUAAGUGUGGGGAGAGGGGAAAGGGGGUGCUGAUGUUUGCUUGUCUUAUUUGGAAUGCCAGAGAAUGUGAAUCUUACACAUUACAUCUCCUAAAGAUCUUUUUUUUAUUAAACCACGAUUGCAUGAUUUACUGAUAGAUCUGGCAGCCCUUGUUUUGAUGGAUUUGUGCUUAUAUUCUGAUGAUUGAAACUGUAGCUUUCCAAAGGCAAAAUUUCGAUUGUGCUGCCUUUGAGGGCUGUUCCCUUAUUUAUGUAAAUCAGUUACAAUGAAGCCUGAGGGCAUUAUUCUGUUGAGAUUGUUUUGUUAAGGGUGUUGAUUUCUGCUGUUUUCAAAUACAAUCUUAAUCCUGAUAUAAAGAUUUUGUUUCUUUUCUCUGCAAAGCGUUGCUGUUUGAUCUGUUAAUCCUUGCACGGUCAUUUGUAGUAGCAAGUCUUCAACUCCUAUGAAAAUAGGUAGAAUAACGUCAUACUUUAACUGACUAAACUCAUUUUACAUCAUAACUGAAAAAGAUGUGUCAUGCCACUUGUGAUAGAUUGCAUAAGGUGGCUCUUCUUCUCUAAUGCUAUUUUCUUGACCUCUUUUCUUUCAAUGGUACUGCAUCCUUUUAAGAGCAAAGCUUUAGAUGUUGCUGUUGCUCUGGACUUUCACCCUGCCAGAGGUGUCAUGAGUUUAGAUAAUACGUGAUUUUGCACCAUUUACUGUUUUGCACUGUGUGGGAGAGGUAUGGUGUUGAGAUUUUAUAAUAUGUGAAGUAGGCAUUACAUAAAAGUUGUAGAUAGCAGUAUUUAUUUCUACAAAUCAUUUUAAGAAAGAUCAGUUGAGGAUAUAAAAGUGUAUUUGGCUUGAAACACAAACUUUUAGAGUCCAGCUUUUUCACUUUACCAUUUGGAUGCAUUUUAAACUUUGUGCUAAUGUUUCUGUUUCUCGUACUCUUUCUGACUUGCUCUGUCCUACUCCCAUAGAAGAUGAAUAUUUACAUUUUAAGCAAACAGGUUUUAAAGUAGUAAAAUGUAAAUUUAGAACAUGAAUUUACAUAUUCUGCUCCCAUGGUCCUGACUGCAAGUUCACUGUAACUUUACCAUAAUUAGAAUUCAAACAUAUCCCUUUUUAUGAUUUUAUCUGCUUACCCUUGGAAUCACUCUUCUUCUUAGGCUCUUAAUCGCAGUAACCCAAAUGUGGUCUAAGCAACAACUUGUAAAUAUACCAAUUUCUGAAAACCUGCAAGUUAUAUCCUGGCUUUAUAUCCUCAUGCUAUUUGAUAUUACCCCAGCUAA